AUGUCCAAUUCUGCAAGAAAAAGGUGUAGAAAGUCUAAAUUAGUGCCGAGAGAAUGUGCCGAGGAAGAAGAAAUUAAUUUGCAGUCACCGUUAAAAAAGCUUUUCAUACCUGUAAAGAAUGUAAAGACGAAGAGGAAGAAAACUGAAACAAAGGUUGAGAAGAAAAAUGAUAUAAAAAGCGUUUUGAAAAAAAUUAAUGCAGCUGCAAAACAAGAUUCCGAGGAAGCCAAAGCUCUCGAAGAACCUGCAAGAAAAUUUGAAGUCGAUAUUCAAAUUGAAACAUGCGAUGAAGAUAUGAAUCCGGAUGGCACGUUGGAAGAAAACAAGUCUAUUCUACGACACCACUUACCUAAUUUGGAUAUGUCUCCGUUCCCCUCCAUAGAACUUAAGAUUGAUGACAUAUUAAAAGUCACUGAUGAUAUUAACCAAACUGCUACUAAUAAUGCCGACAAGUCUUUAAGUUUGUAUGUGAAAAACACCAUCGGUUCAACAAUACAAAAUGCAAGUCCUCGUUCCGAUCAUGAGGAAGGAAUCCUGAAAGCUCUAGAAGAAUGGAAAUUGUGGUCAAACCAUGCAAAAUAUGUGAACCGCACACGUCCAGUGUUUUACAAAUGUUAUAUUUGCAAAGUAGCUUGGUGGCAUCUGUCUGACUUUAGGGAUCACAUUGCCCAACAUGAAAAGGUCAUUGUUACCUUUGAACAAACUAACCAUGAAUCCAAUAUCGUUGCUUCCUACAGUAAAUUUACUUUUGAAAACAUAUUUGCUGAGGGAAAUUGUUCCUUAUGUGGUAGAGAUUAUCAUUAUCACAAAGUACAAACAUAUGAUUUUAACAAUAUAGUAUUUGGUCAAUAUGUAUCAAGGAGGUGUCAGAGAACAUUUUUCAAUUGUUAUUCCGCUAUGAUUCAUGCUAAUAACUGUGAAUUUUGUGACGUUGGGGAUAAUGAAUGUCAGGUUUGUUCAGUCAAGUUUGAAAAACUCAUAGACUUAGAGGAGCAUUUGGUGCUGUGUCAUUCGGUGAGGUCCGAUGAGCCUGCUGCAGUGAUUGGAGGCAAGACAUGCAAGUGUUCAAAGCGGUUCAUUUCCAAAGUUCAUCAUGUUUGUGUGAAUAAGGACCCUGUAUUUCAGUGUUUCGACUGCUUUGAAGGGUUUUACAAUAAAAUUAUGAUCAAAAAACAUUCGGCAAUGUCUAAACAGAACUUUACAUGUGAUAUAUGUAAUGAAAGUUUGAAUAAGUAUUGCAAAAAGUAUAUUCAUUUGAUGAAACACACGGAUCAAUUUAUGAUGGUUGCUAAGUGUAUGCAAUGUCCUGACUUCAAUUUGUUUGUCGAUGAAGAGGAUGCUUUUCAACAUAAACGGUCGAAGCAUGGGCAGGAUUCGAAAAGGAACCUGUAUUUUCCUAAGAUACUCGUACCAACUUCCUGCAUUGUCGACAGUUUGAGAACUGAACUGGGAAAUGUUGUAAAAAAGGAAAAAUCUGAUAACCAAGAUAAUACUAUAGAUAACCAGGAAGAAACCAUGGCAGACAUAAAAAUUGAAAGUGAUUUUGUUAAAGAAGAACCAGAAGAACCAGAAAACGAAGAAGACGAUGAAGAAUGUAAUUUAGUUAUCAAAGAAGAACCAUUAGAAUUAAAUGAACCGUACAAUGAAAUGUAUGAAGAAUCAAUCACAGAAAAUGAAAUAUCAAUAAAAGAAGAAAAUUUUGAUGUUGAUGAAGAAGAUGAUUAUCAAGGCGACAUUAUUAAAAUAGACGUCAAGUGUGAAGCCACAGAUCAAUUUGGUGUAAAAGAAACUGUAACCGAUGAUAAUCUGACAGAAAAGUUGUGUACCAAUGGCUCGGACAAUGAAACCUUCAGUCCAGUUUUAGUCGGUGGUAGAAUGAAAAACAGAAUCUACAAAUGCAACAAAUGUGGCUACCAAGCAAGGCACAAGAAAUUUAAAGAGCAUGUAGAAAGUUCCUGCGGAAACUCGACAUAUAACAAAAAUUCUUAUAAUUGCUCGGAGUGUGAAACUGUGUUUCCGUCUCUUGGCACAUACUUGCUUCAUUUCACGAAGCACGGCCUAAAAGAAAUGGCUUGUCCGGAAUGCCUAAGACAAUUCAAAACUCUUACCCAAUUAGGACAGCAUAUAUAUACACAUAUAAAACAGAAUUUUGUUCGUGUCAAAUUGAUAUCUCAUGAAAGUUAUUAUAAAUUGGAUUUUCAAUGUAAGCAGUGUAGCGACAUUGUGCAUUUGGAUCAGUUCUUUGAUCAUUGGCAAAUUCAUCUUGGUCAUAAUCGGGAAAAUAAACUAAGGAGUAUAGAGGAGAUCCGACAAGAUUUGAAUCCGGAUGGAAGUACUGCCCAUGAACCAUUACCGGGAUGCCUGCCUGAAGCUGUUGUUAAAGAGUGCUUGCAAUACAUAAUGAUGAAAGUGCCAAAAGAAUGCAACUAUUGCCACAGGAAAUUUACCAGAGUCUAUGGUUGUAAGAUACAUAUAAUAGAGCAUUUGCUGGGCGACGCUUAUGCACAGAAACCGGUGUUUGGAGCCCUGAGAUGUCAGAUUUGUGCCUCUGCGUUCCCAUCUCCGGAGAAGUAUAAGCAACACAUGAGAGACCAUGCUUCUUUACCUGUGUAUAAAUGUGAAUUGUGUGACAGAACAUUUAGUGAUUCGAGUAAUUUUACUAAACAUAAAAAAGUGCAUAAUUAUAAAGUUCUUGUGUGUGAUCUGUGCGGGAAGAAAUUUCAAGCGAAGGCGUCCCUUAUUAAACAUUUAGUGAAACACGAAAUUUCCACACCGAUCACCUGCAAUCUGUGCAACAGAAUAUUUUACUUCGAAUCUUCAUACCGGCGACAUGUGAGGUAUGCACACGACAAAGUAACAUUCGGAUUUCGAUGUGUAAUAUGCAAUGAAAGAUUUGACAGCCUAAAAUACAAAUGGGAUCAUAUGUGGCAAGUGCACAAAGAAAGAAGCCAGAAAGCAGAUUGUCCUAUAUGCUUAGAAUCGUUCAGAAAAUAUGCCGAUGUCAAAUUUCAUGCAAGAAUGAUUCAUGGUAUAGAAGUCUCCGUACUCAGUAUGAAGAAUGCUGCCAGCGAGGCAGCGAAUUUGGACACUUAUUUUAAAGCACCUAGGAUAAGGUUAGGGGACAACGAAACAUUAGUUGUUUAUGAAUCUGAAUGA